AUGCACCGGGUUUCCUUAUUUCUCAACAUUGCUUUGGCUAGCCUUUGCCAAAAUGUGCUGGUCCAUUGCCAAGUCACCUGUUCUGGAGAGUUUGAUGCCAUUUCGGCCUCGGAAUUCGUGAAUCGCCUCAGCCCUGGUUGGAACCUUGGUAACAGUUUGGAUGCCUUUCCCAAUGAAGACAGCUGGAAUAACCCUAAAGUUGUCGAGAGCACUUUUGACGACGUAAAGGAUGCUGGUUUCAAAAGCAUUCGUCUCCCAGUCACCUGGGCGUAUCACUUUACCGGCACUUCAAACCAAGGAGAUUCUCCAGACUGGACAGUUGAUCCUGCUUGGCUUGAACGUGUUUCCAAUGUUGUCCGCAUGGUCACAUCCCGUGGUCUAUAUGCUAUUGUCAAUGUACACCACGACUCAGCGCUGUGGGCCGACUACUCUCUCAGUGACGCGAAUUACACUAUGAUUGAGGAAAAGUUCUACCGUCUGUGGUAUCAAAUCGGGGAGAAGCUUGCCUGCACAUCAUCUCUCGUCGCAUUUGAGGCUAUCAACGAGCCUCGAGGCGAGACGGAGGAGCAUUUCGCACGCCUGCUUAACCUAAACAACCUCUUUCUCCAAGCCAUCAAUGAUGCCGGCGGUUUCAAUGCGCAGAGAGUCGCCACAUUGGGUGGGCCCGGGCAAGAUAUGACUGCAACAAGUCAAUGGUUCGAGAGGCCUGAUGCAAAGUUUACAAAUCCCUACGCAUUGCAGGUACACUAUUAUGCUCCUUACGACUUCACGUCUGCUGCUUGGGGCAAGACAAUUUGGGGGUCUGAGUCUGACAUGGCGCAGCUCGAGAAUGGCUUUGAGCUCUUUCGCAACAACUUCACCGACAUCCCCGUGCUCUUUCGCAACAACUUCACCGACAUCCCCGUGGUUGUUGGAGAAUGGCUUGUCAGCCCUGUUCAUUCCGAACCAGCAGCUCGAUGGAAGUAUCAUGAUUUCCUUGCGCGCAUGUGUGUCAAGUAUAACUUCUCGCCUAUUAUUUGGGACACUGGAAAUGAUCACCUAGACCGUCAGUCGCACACCUGGCACGAUCCCACCGGCAUUCAGAUACUCACCAAUGCCUUGGAGGGUAUCGACAACAGUCUACCGGAUUCUACUACCGACGCUUACGCAACAAGUCAGUAUUCGUCGGCAUUUGCGUUCCUUAGAAUUCAUGACUCGGUGCAAGAUCAGAGCCUCCCGUUCUUGUUCAACGGCAACUCAGUCAAGGCGAUCAAAGAUGGUGACAUCAGCCUGAGCGAGGGGACUGAUUAUUCGAUUACCGAUGAAAAUAUUGUCCUACAUGCGUCGUUUCUAUCCGAGUACUUUGACCCAGCCAGCAGUCCUGGUGUCAAGACAACUCUAUCGGUUUCCUUCUCUGCCGGUGCAAGCAUACCAAUUCAACUGGUACUUUGGGACCCUCCCGCAGUUCCAAAAUCUAAAUCGGCUGCUGUAGUAGGCUCUGAACUUUCCAUCAGCGUCAACUGGAAUGGUGUUAGCAAGCCUGCAGCUGUCGCAGCGUUCAAGUCAGACGGCACGCCUCUAGUGGAUGACUGGACGAUCUAUCUCCCCCCACUCGGUCAAGGAAGAACAACCUAUGGCGCACAGUGGACCUGGAACUGGAACCAAGAUGGCGUGACCAUCACAGCAGGCGCAGUGGAGGCUACGGUGAAGUCUGGUCAGUCAGCAACCUUUGUGAUUGAGUCGUACCCUCGCGUCGAGGGCAAUCAAGUGAACUACACAUUGGUCGUUUGA